CGCCGCCAUUAGUCCGCCGACGCUGUCACCAGAACCCCGCCGCCGCCGCCACAACCGCCAUGGGCAACGUGCCCGCCAAGGACACCGAGCAGAAGGUCGUGAAAGAGUUCAUAGCCGGAGCCAAAGAAGAUUUCCUCCGUAGAUGGGAACGCCCGGUUCAGAACACCGCCCGCUUGGAUCAGUUUAAACUGCUCAAGACGCUGGGCAUCGGCUCCUUCGGGCGGGUGGUCCUGGUGAGUCACCGGGAGAGCGGCAGCCACUAUGCCAUGAAGAUCCUCAACAAGGAGAAGGUGGUGAGACUGAAACAGGUCCAGCACGUCCUGAACGAGAAGCGCAUCCUGCAGGCGAUCGACUUUCCGUUCCUCGUCAAGCUCCAUUUCUCCUUCAGGGACAACUCCAACCUGUACCUGGUGAUGGAGUACGUGCCGGGUGGGGACGUGUUCUCCCACCUACAGCGCGUCGGAAGGUUCACAGAGCCCCAUGCCGGUUUCUAUGCCGCCCAGAUCGUCCUGGCCUUCCAGUACUUGCACUCGCUCGACCUCAUCCACCGCGACCUGAAGCCCGAGAACAUCGUCAUCGACCAGCAGGGCUACCUGCGGGUGACCGACUUCGGUUUCGCCAAGCGCGUGAGGGGCCGCACUUGGACCCUGUGCGGGACCCCAGAGUACCUGGCCCCCGAGAUCAUCCUGAACAAAGGCUACAGCAAGGCCGUGGACUGGUGGACCCUGGGGGUGCUCAUCUAUGAGAUGGCCGUGGGCUUCCCGCCCUUCUACGCCGACCAGCGGAAUUCCGUCUUCCAAAACAUCCUCUCCGGGAAGGUGCGGUUCCCCUCCCAUGUCAGCUCUGACCUCAAGAACCUGCUGCGGAACCUGCUGCAGGUGGACCUCUCCAAGCGCUUCGGGAACCUCCGGAACGGGGUCGGCGACAUCAAGAACCACAAGUGGUUCGCCACAACCAAUUGGAUCGCCAUCUAUGAGAAACAGGUGGAAGCUCCCUUCAUCCCGAAGUUCGCAGGCCCUGGGGAUGCCAGUAACUUUGACAACUACGAGGAGGAAGAGAUCCGGAUCUCCAUCAACGAGAAGUAUGCCAACGAGUUUUCUCAGUUUUAGGGGUGUGCUUGUGCCCCUGUGGGUUUUCUUUUCUUUCUUAUUUUUUUCUCUUGGGUGGGUGGGUGGGUGGCAGGGUUGGACUGAACAGCCAGAGGGCACCAAAGUUCCUUACAUCUAGUUUCACCCCCCACCCCACCCUCUAGGGUUGCGGUAGCAGGAAGCCCAGAUAUUUAGAGGGACAGAAACACCAGCUGCUCCCUCACCCCCUAUGCCUUCCUGGGCCCUCUGUGCUUCUCCCUUCCUCCUCCCGCAGAGUGCCCCUUGCCCCAGCCCACUUCUACCUGUUUUAGUUUCUCAGCUCUAUUCAGGCCAGGUCUUGCUGGUGUAUCCAGGAACAGGGUGUGGAAAGAGGGAUUCACGCUUAGGGAAGGAGAGAGGUUUAGUGCCAUGUUCAGUGCGCUGCUUGCUAAAAUUAAAAAUAAAAAAAAAAUAAAAACAAUUAAAAACAGUAAAGUAAAACAAAAAAUAAUAUUGGUAUGUAGUUUUCUUACGUUUUAUUGGUUGUUCUGCCCUUUUCUGGUUUGUGUAUCAGGAUAAUGAGGGCCUCUUAAAUGAGUCUAGAAGUAUUCCCUUCUCACUAAUUUUCAUAAGUGGUUUGAGGAGAAUUGGCAUGGAUCCUUCCUUAAAUGUAGUAGAAUUCAGUACUAAAGCCAUCAGGCACUAACCUUGCCACCAAUAGAAGACAUUUUAUUACUGAUUCAUAUCCUUACUUGUUAUUGGUCUAUUCAGGUUUUCUACUUCUUCUUUAUCCAUUUAGAAGAAUUAUACAAGUUCAGGAAUGUUUCCAUUUUUCCUAGGUCACCCAGUUUCUUGGCAUAUAAUGAGUCAUAUCAUCCAUAAAGACAGAUAAUUUGACUUCUUUUUUUUUUUCCUAUUUAUUUCUUUCUCUUUCCUGAAUAUUCUGGCUGAAACUCUCAGUACCAUGCUGAAUAGCAGUGAUUGUAUUUAAUUCUUUACCUCCCGUACUAUGAUGCCUGACAUGUUACAGGUGCCCAAUAAAUAUUUUUGAAUAAAAAACCAUAUGUUUUGGGAUUGCAGUUUUGACCAUAAUUGUAUGUGGUGCAUAUUGUCUCAUGAUGCAGAAACUUCCCUGCCUUUCUAAAAUAUCCUGUAUUCAGAGGGUAUUUUAGUCAAUCCAGGUUACUAUAAUAUAAAUACUAGAGACUGGGUGAAUUACACAACAUGCAUUUAUUUCUUGCAGUUCUAGAGGCUGAGAAGUCAAAAAUCAAGAUGACAUGUGAUUUGGUUUUUGGUGAGGGCAUUCUUUCUGGUUUGCAGAUGGAGAGAUCUUUGCUUUAUCCUCAUGUGGUGAAGAGAGAGAUUAUCUCUCUCUUGUCUUUUUAAAGUAAGGGCACUAAUUCCGUGCAUGAGGGCUUCAUCCUCCUGAUGUAAUCACCUCCCAAAGGCCUAACCUCAAAAUACUAUCCACUGGGGAUUAGCACUUCAGCACGGAAAUUUGAGAAGGACACGACAUUCAGUUUGCAGCCAAGGGAUCACAGAUGGAGUCAGAGAUAAAAAAGAUGAAUGUCCCCAGUCCCAUUCAUCCACCCAUCCAUCCAUCCAUCCAUCCAUUCAUCCAUUCAUCCAUCCAUCCAUCCACCCACCCACCCAUCCAUCUAUUCAUCCACCCAUCCACCCAUCUAUUCAUCCAUUAAUCCAUUCAUCCAUCCAUCUAUCCACCCAUCCAUCCACUCACCCACCCAUCCACCCAUCUACCCAUCCAACCAUCCAUCUAUCCAUCCACUUAUCCACCAAAUAUUUGCACAUCCACUAGGUACUGAGCACUGUGCAAGGCAUGAGGGACACAGCAGUGAACUGACAGAUCCAAACUUCUCUUUCAUGAAAGAGCUUACAUCCUAAUAGGGGGAGAAGGACAUUAAACUGUAAUCAGACACCUAAACAGAUAAUUGAAACCUGGGAUACCCAUUGUGAAAGAAGACAUCAAGGCCUUUGAUGUCACAUUCAAGAAGAUGUUUCUGGUGAAUCUAUUAACUAGGUGAGGUAAGAUGGGGAGUGGGAGGGGUCUAAACUGAGGAUAUACAAAGGCCCCAAAGAUGAAAGGAGCCUGACGAGCUCAAAGUGGGCCUGCAGGAGGGGAGUGAGCAGUGAGAGAGGAGGUUAGGAACCCAGGCAGGGAAUGGAGUGGAGUUUGAUUUUAUGUGCAGUGGAAAACCUGGGGGUCUCCAUCAUCUGAACCAGCCCCUGCUGCAGCCUCAUCCCCUGCAUGAAUCCCACACUGCAGCCGCGAUGAACUUUCUGUGAGGUCCUCUGUGGCUCAGGCCUUUGCAGGUUACAUGCUAGUUUCCUUCCUUGCAUCUUCUUUACUCCUUGUUUCUGAUACAUAGGCUUUAACUUAACCUCCAACUCAUAGAUCCAAUGCAAAGCCACUCUUCAACCUGGUGGUGGGGAGAUCAGACUCACUAAAACACCACACUGGCCAAGGAUUGGCUCAACUAGUGAGUCCUCA